AUGCUUGCACUACCCGGGUUAGCCACAUUUGCUAACAUCUCCAAGAACGCCACCGACGGCUUCGCUGAGAAAGACGGUCAAUUCCGUCGCAAACCCUCGGCAUUCCGCAAUUUCAUCUCGUCUGAUCCUAAUUCAGAGUUCCCAGCGGAAAAGUAUCGAUAUGCGCUUUACAUUCACAUGGGCUGCCCUUGGGCACAUCGUACGAACCUAGUGCGUAGCUUGAAAGGGCUGGAGGAUAUCAUCCAAUUGAUUGUAUGGGAUCUGUCGCUCGUUCACGAUAAGAAAGGGUGGGGCAUGUCUGGGAAGCCUGGAUUCGAGAAAGAACCGUUGUAUGGCUAUACGAACUUGAGGCAGCUGUACGAAAGGGCGAACCCGGAAUACGAAGGGCGCUACCUCGUUCCGACGCUCUGGGACAAGAAGAAAGAGACAAUCGUGAAUAACGAGUCCAGCGAAAUCAUACGCAUGUUCUAUACCGAGUUUGAUGCGUUCAUCCCCGAGCAGCUCCGCGAGUCCAGCAAAGGCGCCAAAGCCAUCCUGCCAGAGCAUUUGCGUAAGGACAUUGAUGUCAUGAACGAGUGGGUCUACGAUACCAUUAACAACGGCGUAUACAAGACUGGGUUUGCUCAGUCCCAGGAGGCAUACGAAGAGCACGUAUACCCCUUGUUCCAAUCUCUCGAUCGCUUGGAAGAACAUCUUGGCCAGCCAGGCCAUGGUCCAUACUUGUUCGGCGACCACAUCACUGAAGCAGAUAUCCGGCUGUAUACUACCAUCAUCAGAUUCGACGUUGCGUACUUCACAAUCUUCAAAUGCAACCUCAAGAUGAUUCGCUAUGAGUACCCGCGGCUGCACAACUGGGUACGCAGGCUGUACUGGGAUGAGAGCGAAACGACUAAUUUCGGUGCGUUCAAGAAGACGGUGGACUUCCAGGCAUACAAGGAUGGCUACUCGAACGCUACGAAGGCGAAGAUUGUGCCUGUGGGACCGAAGCCAGAUAUCAUGCCCUUGUAG